AUGGAAGAGAAGGACAAGUUGUCACCUCGCAUUUAUCGUCGAAUGGAAGACAAAAAAGCUUGGAAUGCGUACUGGCAGUUGCGGAAGCUCGAAAGUCAAGGGAGCUAUUAUAUCCGGCUUUUGUACUAUGCCCAUAAAGCAGUAGAUGUGCCGGUUACGUGGUUCAGAGAGAAGAUAAUAGAGCCAAUGAAUGACAGAUAUCGUUCACCGUACUAUCAUCGUAAGUUGAAUCGAGUUCCGGGGAUUGAUGAUUGUGCUGUGGAUGAUUUGUCAUGCUUUUAUGAAGCCAAUACACAAUUCCGACUUGACAAGUUGGUCGACCAGAACAUCCUGGAUAUUCUUCGCCUACGACUUUCCAGAUGUAUGGAUUACAAUGCUCCGAAUUUUGUUCCGUGUGCAAAGUUAAUAGAUGAUGUAGAAGAGAACGAGUUAAAUUUCUUCAUAAAGUAUGGUGAAAUCGGGCAGGAGGGUGAUGUUCGAGAUGCUUACAUGAAACAGAAACAUCGAAUGAUUUGGGAGAGACGACAUCCAGAAAUAAUGAAAGCACGCGCAGAAGCAUGCGAGGAGCACAAAAGAAGAGUUGCUAAUGGCGAGUUCGAUUAUUCUUUCUGGAAGAAAGGCUUCUGGCACAGCGAUAAGAGCAGAAUGGAGAUGCCUAAUGUUGUCCAUCACAGCAAACCGAGCAUUGAAGGUGACAAACCAUUAUCGUUUGACUGGCAGUUCUACAAGAAAGCUAAAGAUGACCCGGAAUUCCUACAAGAGGAAAAAAAGAGGCAAAGCAAAGCAACAAUGUUCGGUCCAUGGUAA